GUUAUCAUAUAAUCUUAUCACCGAUCCAAACGCGUACACAACGCGUCUGACGCGACUUAGAAACCACCACCAUAGUGCUCAUGUCGAGCUCAAAGCGUGGUGCAUUUAUCGUCAUCGAAGGAUUAGACAGAUCUGGCAAGAGUACCCAAGCCUCUCUCCUCCACGAACGUCUACAAGACUCUCAAGAUGUAGCCACAACACCAAAGGUAGUCCUGCUAAAGUUCCCCGACCGCACAACGGCCAUCGGGAAGAUGAUCGACGCGUACCUCCGUUCCGAGUCCGAGCUAGACGACCGCGCCAUUCACCUGCUCUUCUCUGCUAACCGCUGGGAACUUGCAUCUACGAUCACAGCUCAUCUUGCAGAAGGGACGACCGUCCUUGCUGACCGAUAUGCGUUCUCUGGUAUCGCAUUUUCAGCUCGUAAGGGACUACCAUACGAAUGGUGUCGCACUCCCGAGAUUGGGCUCCCUGCGCCAGACCUUACUCUAUUCCUCAAUAUCAGUCCAGAAGUCGCAGCUGCGAGGGGCGGGUAUGGGCUAGAGAGGUACGAGAGAGAAGAAGUGCAGAAAGGCGUGAGGCAUGUAUUCGAUAAAAUCGGGCAGGCGAUGCAGGACGAGGGCGAGGGCAAGUGGGUGGGGAUUGAUGCAGGGAAGACCAAGGAAGAAGUUGCGGAAGAGCUUUGGAAAGCGGUCGAACCGCUUGUUGGCGGGGUCCAGGGACCCAUAAGUAGACUAUGGGAAACAACUCUCACACCGGACGUCCAAGGUGGAAGCUAAACGCACUGCUUUGUGGCAUAGUCGAGCAUAUUUUACAUGUCAACGUCCGAUGAGGGGAGUCGAUAUUAUAGCUCUGUAUGCUGAAAAGUUGAGUUGUUUACUUCAAUGAUGAAACUGAUGAAGCCGUGAUAACUAAGUAUGUAU